UGGCGGACCAAGUGAAGAGUUUCUUUCAAAGAUCUUUAUUAAUAUUUUAAGGUCAUAAAUAUUGAAUAUAAGAUGGAAUUAGGGCUAUGUCUAGACGAUGAUUUCUAUACAGAAGAAACUAAGAAAGAUAAACGAAAAGAAAAGCCUUAUAAUGUGAAGCUGUGUGAAAGAGAAUGGAUAUUCAACUCGCCAAUCUGUAGUGAUAAAGUCGAGAAGCAGAAUAUCACUAAAUUCAAGGCAGAUGUCUGGUACAGGGAUGGUCAGUACACCAAAGCAUUGAAAUCAUACAAGUUCAUCCAAGAAAAUCCUCAGGUAUCCUCUAGUACUGUGGUGAGAGAAAUAAACGAAUCUGUUGCUCGAUGUCACAUUAAACUUCAACAGUUUGAUCAAGCUGUGCAUGUGAUUCAGAGCAUGCUGAUGGAUCAUGGUGAUGAUACAUCACUCAUUCUAAUGUUGGCCAAAAUUUGUGCUUCUUCUGGCAAUGUUCUAGAUGAAAUAGCUUGUUUAAAGAGAUGUAUUUCCCUUCAUUCCUAUAACCAUCAUUUCUGGUAUUCGCUGUCAUCAGCUUACAGAAAGGCUUAUGAAAAUGAAGAAGCUUUGGAUUUCACUGGUACAAGUCAAACUGGAAAGAGUUUCAACAAUAAAGCAGUACUUGCUAAUAGAGUAGCUGAAGCAUUAGGGAAAAGUAAAACUACCAACAAUAAAGACUCACUARAGAUAUUCAUUAACUGCCAUCAUUGUGAGUGCCUGAGAGGAAUGGACUUAUUUCAAAAUAGUUCAAAAAUAUCUAAUCAGUACAAAGUGAAAAACCAGAGUGAACCUGCAAAAAAGGAAACAUUGAAUGGUUCUGAGAGUCGAAAUGCUUUAACUCCUGCGGUGGAUGAAGUAAUCAUUUUUAUGGGAGGAUUAUCUAUUGAUAAUGAAAAUGAAAUAGAGGCGAGAACAAAAGGUGACAGUGUAGGACAUGAUUCUUGCAUGUCCAAGGAAGAUGGUAAAGAUUUUGAAACUAAUGAUUCACAUGGAUUCUUAGAGGAUUCCUCCAGUACUACAGCAUCAGUGCCAGGGGAGAGUCAGGAUCAGGGAUGUUGUAGUUUUAGUGUGAAACUAAAAUCAUCAAAAUAUUCUCAGCAUCAAACAAAACAAACCCAUGACAAGAUGGCACUGAAAAAGCAACUAAACCUGUUUGCAUUUUUCUGUUUGAUAAGAGCCAGGUUUCAUCUUCAAAGAGCAGUAUGGACGACUUCAUCCUUCAUUAAAGAAAGACUUGCUAAUGAAAUGGCUCAGGUAAAUGAAAGAAUUGACAAGUACGAACCAUGUAAAUGUGGAGAGUUAAAGAAAUGCUGCUUAAAGUUUAUCUCACAGCGAACAGAAGCUAAUAAAGACAUCACAAGUGAACAAAUGGAUGAAUAUACAACGUAAAUGACAGCAUCUGGUGCUACCCAAAACUGAAGCAUCAGGAAAUCAAUUCAGACAGAAAGAAUUAACUCCAACAAUAGUGUCUUGAGAAAAACUAUAUGGUUUAUUGUUUAUACAUCCAAACAAAGCUAGUAUUUGACAGUAAGUUUAACGUGAUUAUGUAUAGAGUACUAGUAGUGACCAUAGUUCCAAUGGGAACAAGCUAAGCAUAUAAAAAUAGCCUUCUAAUAACGAGGCUUCUUACAAACAUACAUCCUGUUUUCAUGUAUAAAAGCUCUUUUGCUAAGUACUAUGUGUAUAUAGGGAAUUAUAAACACAAAUUGUUUACCAUUAUGCUUUACAGUUCAAACAGUAUGACAAGGAUUCUUUUUUAACAGCUAAUUAAAUCUUCAAAUAAAUUAUAUUCUACGUUUUAUAUUUUUAUAAGGACAAGAUAUUGUAAAUCAAAGAUGUAAAGCAUUGGUGAUAGACAAUUUUAGUUCUAAGAACCACAGAAGAUUAUUUAAAGAUUCAUGUAUCCUGUGGAAUCUUUUGUAAGCAACUAUCUAUGAGAAAUACAGUGUACUUGAAGAGGUUGCUUGCAGAAGAUUGUAGGGAAAAUGUGAGAGUUUUUAACAGAAGUAGUUUUCUUUUUUGGAAGAUUAGAGAGGCCUACUUUCAUUACUGAAAAAGAGGUAUAAACAUGACGAACAAUACUGCACAUUUAUCAUAUCAUUAUAAGUGAAAACUAGCAGGAUCCUUCUUGUUGGCAGAAAAUAGUUCUGGUUAAGAACAAAUAAUUUUUUAGUAUAUUAUCUUUUUAGAUUAUUGUACAGCAUGAUACUGCACAGCAGGUUGAGAAAUCAUGUCACAUAACAGUUCUGUUAUUGUUGAAAACUUCCAUUGAAACAAUCAGAAAUUAUACUCAAAUAUGGCAAGAUGGCCAAGAAUAAGGUGCGAAAUCUGUUCUGUUCAGUUUUGUGUAGGUAUAAAAACACACCAAUAAUAUUAUUACAGUCUGGUAUUAUUUAAGAGCAGCAAUUUAAAGUUGUACAUUUUAAAAUAAUGUACAUGAAUGAAAGAAAAUUGUCAGAAAUCAAGCAAAACAGCAAAUUUAGCUCAAAUGCAUGAAUUUAGCAAAUAAUGUUACAUAAAAAUGACAUAAAUCAAGCAAAAAUUUGUCUAACUUUGUAAUGAAAUGACAAAAACUUAGAAAGGAAAAUAGACAGUUUUGUCAAGAGAAGUUGGCUGUGACUUCUGAUGCAGUUGAAACCUAUUUUGCUUGAAUGUAUGCAAUGAUGCUGCUCUUGUUAUUCACCAUUAAUAGACUGUACAGUAAAGAAAGUUAAUUACA